AUGGAAAACAGCCCUGACUCGAAUCUCGACAUAAAACCAGACAUUAACGAUGCAGCCAGCGCGUAUUACUCAGAUUCUGGUGUAAGCAGCAAUUAUUCGCAAACAAAUGCAAGCAAUUUCUCGGGGUCUAUCCUGCCUUCGCCUUCACUCCAUGGGAUUCAUCCGAUGAUGAACCCAUCUGAACCUCUUACAAUGAAGUCAACUUUGUCCGCCUUUACGGAAAAGAAUUUCCCUGGUCUGACUUACUGCCAGCAGGGCAUACCUGGCAACCAGUCAUUUAUGCAGGAUUCCAGACCGUUCACGGAGGGUUUCCCACACGCUCCUACGUAUUCUACAACUUACAUGUCACCUCAGGGAUUUCAGAACCCAUUUUAUUCCCGUCAAGUCUCGGCGACAUCAUUCUCCGUUUCAAACAACAUUGGGAACGCCUUUCCACAAGAAAUCCCACAAUCCCAUCCGAUGUUUCACAAUCGAGAACAUAUUAACGGAUCUCUUUGCUCAUUAGAAGGACGCUAUCUCUCACAUCCUCAAUCACGUGGUGACCCCUCCCAACUUUUUCCUGACCGAUAUUCAUCCGGCGUCCAACCUCUGCGAGUCACAACUUCUCCCUGCCACAUGCUUAUGUCUGGCAGUAAUCUUGGUUCUGUGGCUGCAGAUUCUGUGCGUCCUGAUACGAUGGGCAAACGCUCCCCAGCCCUACGUUCUCCUUCGGCUGAUCACCUUGCGAAUGUCUCAAUUUCCGCGGCUGGUGCUACAUCACAUUCAUCAAGGACAAUUGGUGGAGGUUCUGAGGUUUCUGCCGCUGAUAGCAACUCAACACUUGGUUCAAUAAAGGCCACUUUCACACCCUGCAAGGUUUGUGGAGACAAAGCCAGCGGAUAUCAUUACGGCGUCAUCUCUUGUGAAGGAUGCAAGGGAUUUUUUCGUCGAAGCAUACAAAAGCAAAUCGAAUACAAGUGUCUCCGAGAUGGAAAGUGUCUGGUGAUCAGGCUGAAUCGCAAUCGCUGCCAGUAUUGUCGUUUUCGAAAGUGUAUCGCUGUCGGCAUGUCCAAGGAAAGUGUGCGCUAUGGACGAAUGCCACGGAGAACCAGAAGUUCCGAACCUGCCCCAACACCAGAAAUCAAUCUCCCUGGACAUCGUACUCCUGGAGGUACUUUAUCCAUUGGUCCUGAAAGUUCUGGGCAGCCGUCUGCUUUUGGCCCUCCAACGGGACCGUCAAAUACGUCCACUUUGAGCAACAGAGCAGGUGUUUGUAGUCGGCCGCCACUAGACCAACUGGGCUUGUACGACAUUAUCCUCACGGUCAAUCAGGCCUACCAGAACUUUUCCUCCUAUACAGAAGACAAAGUGAAACAAAUGCGAUGCCGCCCCAUCAGUCUUCAAUCAACUCUGACCAGAGACUUUUGGCCGGAGAAAGUGGAUGAACAUAGAUUACGAAUGCACGAGGAACUGAGUCAACUGUUAGCUCCCUGCAUUCAGCAGGUCGUCGAAUUCGCUAAGCGGUUACCCAAUUUCAGCAAUUUAGGUCAGCCGGAUCAACUGAUACUAAUCAAAGCGGCUUUUUUUGAAGUUUGGAUGGUGCAAGCCGCACGAAUGGUUUCAAUGCACGAUCGAACGAUUACACUGGGUGACGGGAAACAGAUCACCAAGCAAGAAUUGGAUUUUAUCUACUCGCCCAGUGUGGUUUGCAUGAUGUUCACAUUCUCAGAAAGCUUCAAUGCGCUUCGACUUAACGAUGCUGAGAUUGCGCUUUGCUGUGCAGCAGUACUGACCAAACCAGAUCGUUAUGGGCUGAGUGAGCCAAAUAAAGUGGCGUUGAUGCAAGACCGCAAUAUUGCCGCUCUACGAAUGCAGCUGGAACGUAAUCGUCCAGCAGAACCGGUUAUAAUGUCUCAAGUUCGUAAUUCUCUCAUUCAGCUGGCCUCUUUGGGUGAAACCCUGCAGUUGAGCAUUCGUUGGUAUCGUGAGAAUUGGUAUCGAACUAGACUAGCACCGUUAUAUGCAGAAACCUACGAUAUACCUCAUGAAGAAACCACAACGACGGCAUCCACACCCCCUGAGAUGUCAGCUAGUAACGCUACUGCCCAAGUGGCUGGAGUCGUGUCAUCCAAUAAUAGCUACGGUGCUGGUUCUGUGUACCAGCCAACGGUCGGAUAUAACGGUGGCAUGGAAAUCGCAAGUUAUGGUACUAACGGAAUCGUGAUACCUCCAGUGAUGCAGCAUCAUUAUCCAGGUUCCGGUAUAGCACCAACGGACGGACCUAACCCCACGUACUUUUCUGCACCGACGUCAAAUUCACGAGUUCCCUCUGGAACUGUACAGCAUUAUCCCUCGGGAACAUCGACCCCUUUACUGCCCGCACGAUCGCAAAACCGACCACCUUCGGUGGGAUCGCCUAAAGACCCAUAUUCGGCAUCAAACCUAGCAUGCUCUCCGUCGUCGCACGCCACCAUUCCACGUUCCAAUGCCAGCCAGGCCGGUUUCCACACUAGUUCUGUUGCUGUUCACGCGCCAUCGGACGUUGACUCUUUUUCCCGCACGUUGCACUGUUCAACUCCAGAAAAUGGCCCCCUAAUUAGCAGAUCCCAGGAUAGUAAUUCUCACUCACUGGAUCGCCAGUCCAAAUUACCCAUACUCCAGAAAGCACCAGGAUACUGUUCUGAAAAUACGGAUGAUUCCCCAGCACACACCCCUCUGGUCCUCCACCAACUAAAUUCAGAAGCAUGUAGCCCUACAAUCACGACAUCAGGUUCGUUCGAUCCCGCAGUCGCCAGUGAUCCAAGACAAUCUUGCUCCUCUGGACCUAGCACACCACGACAACCAGCGAGCGCUCCCACGACACCGAAUGUGGAAGACUCAUUUAUUGUAUGGGGUUCACAAAAUGGUCUAGUGGGCGUUCCUAAUCAUGAUGCCACGAUGGAUUUUCGGAACUCUCCCAAGCCUGACUCUAAUUACCGUGCGCCCGAAAACCCAUCAACUGUAAAACCAUUUGACGAUUUGCGUUCCGUCCCCCUAGUGGCUGCAAAAAAGGAGGCGGCGAACUAUUUUGGUGACGAAUCUAUUGAG